UGUUCUGCCCUGGGUGUCCAUGGAGCCUCUGUUCCCCUCCUCUAGACCAGACAGCUGGAAUACCUCCUCCGUGGCCACUGAGUGGCAGACCAGCGGAGGCGACGAGAAUGGGACGAAUGGGACGAUGGCAGGACCGGCGCCCUCGCCGGGGGCCCGAGCAGUGGUGGUGCCAGUGCUCUACCUGCUGGUGUGCGCGGUGGGUCUGGGCGGCAACACGCUGGUCAUCUACGUGGUGCUGCGCCACGCCAAGAUGAAGACCGUCACCAACAUCUACAUCCUCAACCUGGCGGUGGCCGACGUGCUUCUCAUGCUGGGGCUGCCCUUCCUGGCCACGCAGAACGCUGUCUCCUACUGGCCCUUCGGCCCCGUACUGUGCCGCCUGGUCAUGACGCUGGACGGCAUCAACCAGUUCACCAGCAUCUUCUGCCUGACCGUCAUGAGCGUGGACCGCUACCUGGCCGUCGUCCACCCCAUCCGCUCCACCCGGUGGCGCCGCCCGCGGGUGGCCAAGCUGGCCAGCGCUGCAGUCUGGGCCUUCUCCCUGCUCAUGUCUCUGCCACUGGUGGUCUUUGCGGACAUCCAAGAGGGCUGGGACACCUGCAACCUCAGCUGGCCAGAGCCCGUGGGUCUGUGGGGCGCCGUCUUCAUCAUCUACACAUCUGUGCUGGGCUUCUUCGGGCCGCUGCUGGUCAUCUGCCUGUGCUACCUGCUCAUCGUGGUGAAGGUGAAGGCCUCGGGCGUGCGUGUGGGCUCCACGAGGCGGCGCUCGGAGCGCAAGGUGACGCGCAUGGUGGUGGUGGUGGUGCUGGUGUUCGUGGGCUGCUGGCUGCCCUUCUUCAUCAUCAACAUCGUCAACCUAGCCGUCGUCCUGCCUGAGGAGCCCGCCGCCGCGGGUGCCUACUUCUUCGUGGUCAUUCUGUCCUACGCCAACAGCUGCGCCAAUCCUGUGCUCUAUGGCUUCCUCUCUGACAACUUCCGCCAGAGCUUCCGGAAGGUUCUGUGCUUCCGAAAGGGCUAUGGUGCUGAGGAUGUGGAUGCCAUGGAGCCACGGCCCGAGAAGAGCAGCCAGCUACAGGAGGCCACUCUGGCCACACGCAGCUCAGAGGCCAAUGGGCUCAUGCAGACCAGUAGACUGUGAGGGCCGCUGGUGGGAGUUGUCGCUGGGCCAAGCCUUUCCCUGAGAUUCGGGGACCUGCUGAGGUGCUCCCCAGCAGCCUGAACACUCUCCACGGGGUGAGGGCAGCUGCCUGAGGUGAGGCUGUAGGUGGCCCUGCAGUGAUGAGCUGCCGCUUCCACCUGUCUGUUCUUGUUGCGCAGGCAGGGGUUCCGGGGUCUUGGGUGGGAGGGGGUGGGAGCGGCCCAGGCGUCCCAGGCAAUGGUCAGGGCAUCGCAACCUUCCGGUCCUGCCCCAGCCUGUGUCAGCC